AUGAGUGGGACGCAGAUUUGGGGCACCCAGUUUCGCCGGGUACCCGUUUGCGCCUUGACAGCUUCAGCUCCCGCAGCUCGGCGGUUCACAGCGGCAUGUCAACGAAGCCAGAAUGCGCCCUCGUCCUCGAGAAAGACAGACGAAAAUGACACACAAGACAAGCCCAGAGAAGAGGAUGAGGAAGGACAGAGAGCAAUGUCUCGCCGACUGGAGAAGAUGACCGAGGAUGCGAUACUGGAGGGCGGCCGGGCUGCGCGCCGCAACAUUGAGCACGCUGGAUUCUCGGAGGAUCUGAAGAGGCAACUCGAAGAGAGGGUUAAGGCAGCUUCUUUUAAAAGCGAGCAUGCUGCUGCUCAUUCUAUACUAGAUAUGCCGGCUAGCGCAGGCCAAGGAACUCGAGAAACAGCUACUGCGCAAGCAUGGACAGGAACAGAGACCCUUCACGACUCCGCUCUACGCAUGCUGGAUGACGCCAGCAAGCCAAUCCGCACGCCAUACAAGAUACCCCAACCCGUUGACCUCAAACCCGCUCCGAAGCCCAAACGCUCGCCCGGGGAACGUCUCGCCGACGCCAAGGACCGUACAUCUACAUACGCGCUCAGCAAGGCCCCUGGGUUCUCAGAAGAAGAACGAGAGGCAAUGCGCCGAGAAAUGAGAGAGCAGUUAACGCCUGGUGCCCACUCCAUGCCGAUGUCCAUACAAGGACUGUCCUCCCUUGCAAACGAACGAAUUGAAGAUGCUAUUGCCCGUGGCCAGUUCCGCAGCAUCAAGCGUGGGAAGGGCGUCAAUACGGAGACAGACCAUAACGCUAACUCGGCUUUUAUCGAUACGACGGAAUAUUUCAUGAACAAGAUCAUCCAGAAGCAAGAGAUUGUCCCACCAUGGAUUGAAAAGCAACAGGAGCUUGCGAUGGAGAUCAGCCGAUUCAGACAGCGCCUCCGUGCGGAUUGGAGGCGCCAUGCGGCGAGAAUCAUCGCGAGUCAGGGCGGAUCCCUAGACGCACAAAUGAAGCGCGCAAAAGGUCAUGCUGCUGCUGAGGCACGUCUCUCAGGGAAGAAAAAGCUUGAAGCGUCGCUCAGCAAGGCCAGCAACGAGGCCGUUGGUUCUGAACUAGACUCCGAUAGCCGAAUAGUCUCGAAGAUCCGAGCACCAGAACUCGCAGUCGAAUCUGAGGAAGGCAAGAACCCACCGGACGAUAUCCCGCAUCUUCCUCCUCUACGAGAUCAAACAUAUCUUAAUAACGAACGCUCAUACCACGAACUUGCCGUAAAGCAUCUGAACGCCAUCGCCCGCUCCUAUAAUUUACAAGCACCUCGUUCCGCGCAGAAGCCAUAUAUAAACCUGGACCGGGAAUUGAAUGCCUGCUUCAUCGAAGUCGCGCCCCAGCUGGCCGACGAGAUUCGACGACGAGCAACUGAGCGAGCACGUGGUCCUAUGACUACUGGUGGAUCCUCGGCGGGCGUGUUUGGGUCUCUUGGAACAGCGCAGAACGUUCGAGUUUACGAGGAAGAUAAAGAGAAGGCAUAUGGAUUGAAAGAGAUGUGGCGAGAUUUAUUCUCUAAGGACAAGUAG